GUAGUUUCCCCACUCUCAUUCGGCUGCACCAGGCCAGCGAUCUGCAAGGCCCUCCUGCUGCUGGCGUUUCACAAUCAAAGAAUUGCAGUAGACACCACUUUCAUCACUACGGCCCGGUCUGCAUCGAUACGAGCGAAGGACUUGUCACGUCCGAGGACUCCAUCAGGUGUUUACCGUCGGACCGGUCACUCUGUCCUGCCAGUCAGACUGCUGCAGCGCGCUGCAUCGGUCGGGAUCAGCAGAUUGGGCGUAGAUCUCAUACUGAGUCAUAGCUAGGGUGUCGCCAGUACUGUCGAUCCACUCGCUAAGUAUACUUCGUUGCUAUCCACCGAUACUUUCAAAGAACGUCACGCCGGGAGGAACCAUUUCGCGGUUGUGCCGGACACGCGAUCUUCUUGGCCAUUGGCAUUGUCAUUGGCCGCUUUGACUACUUCAAGUGCUUGCCUCUGGCCAGCGCUUCUCAGCCUUCCACUGGCGCUGGAUAAUGGCAAAGAAACGAUAGAGCUAGACUAGGAGCUCGGGAGGCGCGACGAAUAGACUGAGGCCGUGAGGGUGUGCGUGCACCGGCGGGAGUGCCUCAUCUCUAGUUCUCGAGUUUGGAUGGGCGUUUGAUUUGUUCAGGACAACGAUAAGCGUGGAGGAGAGCUGAGUGGUCGUCCAAGCCUUGGCCUUUGACCUGUUCGCGUCCGGACCAGCUGAGCCGCAGAGCGGUGUGCGUUCGCUGCUGAAGUGUGAUAUUCACUGGGAGCGCAACAGGUACAAGUGCACCAGGCUGCAGAUUUCCUCCGCGGGACUUCCUGGCUGCGAGGUUGGCUCAUUUCGUUGUCCCUUCAGCUUCGUUGCAGCUCGCUGACACAAUGGCUACGCACGGACAGGGUGACAUGGUGCGCGGUGUCAUGGACGCCGUGGACAGCGACUGGCAGAAGAUCCAGAUCAAGGCGUUCACAAACUGGUUCAACGAUCGGUUGAGAGGAAACCUGCAGAAGGCACCCGUUGUCGUCAAUGACAUCACGAUAGACUUGUGCGACGGUAUUCUGCUCUGCCAAAUGGUGGAGGGCCUGCUGCGGCGGGCAGGCCGCGGUACCAAGUUCCGCUACAACAAGAAGCCCAAGCUAAAGCAGCAUCGCCUGGAGAACCUGGGAAUCGUCCUCAAAACGCUCAAGGAUCAAAAGAUCAAAUUAGUGAAUAUCGGACCAGAAGAUCUCAUGGCCGGAAGCCUCAAACUCUGGCUGGGACUAAUCUGGACGCUCAUCGAUGAGUUCCAGAUCAAGACGGCCAAGGGCGGCUCAAGUAAGAAAGCUUUACUCGACUGGGUCAAUGCCCAACUGCCGCCGAGUAAGCGUGUCACCAACUUCACCACCGACUGGAACGAUGGCACUUGCCUGUGUACCCUUAUUGAUACGCUGCGACCGGGCCUGUGCCCGAACCACGCGUCCCUGAACCCGUCGUCGGGGCUGCAGAACUGCGAUCUGGGCAUGUCGCUGGCCGAGCAGCACCUCAGCGUGCCCAAGCUGCUGGACCCGGCCGACUUGAACAACCCGAUCGUGGACCAGCUGAGCGUGAUGACCUACAUCAGCUACUUCACCGACACGCAGGUCAACGGACUGCUGCAGUGGAUCCGUCAGCGACUGCCCGAGCAGGACAUCCAGAACAUCACCACCGACUGGAACAACGGGAUACUUCUCUCGGCGCUGGUCGACUCGUUCGCACCGGGACUCAUUCCGCAUCAUGACGCCCUGAGUCCCACCAGGGCGUUGGAGAACGUGAAGAAUGCCAUGAAGAUAGCCAAAGAACGCCUAGGCAUCAAUAGUGAUGGCAUCACUGCCAACGAGAUCACGAAUCCCAAAGUGGACGAGCUGGCCAUGUCGGCGUAUCUGACUGUGUUUAAGGAGUGCACGCUGAAAGCGUCACCGGGCCAGUGCAUUGCCGACGGACCCGGUCUGAAAGCGGUGCCGCUUAACGUGCCGGCCGAGUUCCGCGUCGACUGCUCGCAAGCCGGCCAAGGCGAUUUGAAGAUCGAGGCGAAGGGGCCAAGCUCCGACGCCAAGGUGAAGACCACGACUGGCGACGAGGACCAGAAAGAUACUUACCAAGCCGUCUACACGCCCCAGGAGCUCGGUACGUACACCGUAUCCGUGAAGUACGACAAGGAGCACAUCCCUGACAGUCCGUUCAGUGUGCCCUGCGUAGACCCGUCUGCAUGUCACGUGACUGGAAAGUCCCUGGGCGGACAGGGCAGCGUGGUCGGUGAGCCGCUGGAGUUCCAGGUGGACACGUCCGCGGCCGGCCCGGGCACGGUGGAGCCAACCCUGUUCGGACCCACCGGUAUACAGCCUGUACAGCUGAAGGACAGCGGUAACGGGAAGAGCGUCAGGAUGUCCUCCACACCAACGUCACCGGGCAGUUAUUCUCUCGACCUGAAGCUGAGUGGGCUACCCAUUCCCGGUUCACCGUUCGCCAUUGCCGUGUCGGACCCGAGCAAGUGCCGGCUACUCACCAGUUUUCAGGACGGCCAUCUCGGCAAGGUGGGAACUCCCAUCGACGUCGCCGUGGACACCAGCAGGGCCGGCCCCGGCGUGCUGACGGCGGUCGCCACGGGAACGAGCCGCACGGUGCGCCUGGAGGCGCGGGACGGUGGCGACAGCACCAGCACGAUAGCAUUCGUACCAAGCGAGGCGGGCCAGCACAGUGUGGACAUACUGUGGGACGGUCACUCGAUUCCCGGCUGCCCGCUCGGCAUUCCCGUCAUCGACGUGUCUCUGUGCUGCUUCGAGGACCUGCCUAGCUACGCGCAAGUCGCACGGCCGCUAGCCCUGCGUCUGCUCACGCAACAAAGCAUCAAGGCACCGCUGGUCGUCACGGCGCAGAACGAAUCCGGUAGUCGCGUACCGUCGACAGUGAAAGCAGACGGCGCCGAUGCGUACAAGAUAUCGCUGACUCCGGCGCAAGUGGGCACCAUGGAGAUUGACGCUACCUGGGCAGGUGAUCAGGUGUCGCAGUGCCCGUUCGACGUGCAAGUGUGCGACGCGUCACGCUGCUCAGCCUACGGUCUCGGCCUAACGGAGGCAGCCAAGGUCGGGGAGCCAGUCACGUUCACCGUGCAAGCCAAGGACGCAGGAGAAGGCUCUCUCAUCGUCAAGCCAGCCGGACCCAAGGCCGUCUACUCCGCCACGGUGAUGAGCAACGGGGACGGCACGUACGAAGUGUCCUUCACGCCAUGGGAAAAGGGCCCGCACACCAUUGCGAUCAGCUGGGGCAUCCAGCAGAUACCAAACUCUCCCUUCCCACUGGAAGUCACCGGGCGCAUUCUGGCAUCGCAGAUCACGGCCAGUGGUGACGGACUUAAGGAAGCCACUGCACUGGCACCGGCCGAGUUUCAAGUCGUGUCCUCCAUCCCGGCCGAUCUCACUGAAGGUGAUCUGCUAGCGGUGACCAUUGAGGACGGCGCUGAGAAAGCGGCCGUGGACGUGGCAGACCUUGGCGAGGGACGCUGCGCCGUUACCUACGUGGCACCGAGCAGCGGGACGUACACGAUCGCCGUCAUGUUUGCCGGCGAACAUACGUCGGGUUCGCCGCACAUCGCCGUCGUGUCCUCGCGCCCAAACGCCAGCAGGUGCGUCGUCAACGGCGCCUGCUUCGGUGCCGACGCCAAACCUCUGGCCGGCGAUCCGCUUGACUUCACCGUGGAAACCGGCGCGGCGGGCAAGAGUCGCUUGAACGUGGCAGGAACAGACAUGGGUGGCAGGCCGUGCCGUGUGUUCAUGGCUAACGAUGACGAUGAUGUGUAUUCGGUACGCGUGGACACAAAGAAUCCCGGUGCGUACACCAUUGCCGUCAAGUGGGCGGACGAGCACGUUCCCGGCUCGCCGUUCACCGUGGCAACCGGCAGUCGCAUCACGGCGCAGAGCAUGCAUGUUGAGGGUCCCGGUUUGAAGAGUGGCAAGACCGGAGAGGAGGCAAGCUUCACCAUUCACACGCCCAAAGCAGGGCUGAUCGACACCGGAGAGCUCACUGUCCAAGUCUGUAGCAAGUUGGCGGGCGUGGAGCUGAAAGACUUGAAGAUCCUGGACAACGACGGUGGCAAGUACAGCGUCACCUAUAAGCCCCUUGUUGCCGAAGAACACGUAGUCACGGUACGCUUCGACGACCAGAAUCUGCCAGGGUCUCCGUUUGUGGCGGUCAUCACGGCACGGCCAAUGGCAGAUCAGUGCGUUGCCGCGGGAGACUGCCUUGAGAAGAACGUCAUGUGCGUCAUGGAUGAGCCGCUGGAGUUUGAAAUCAACGCAACCGCCGCGGGCAACGGGCGCCUGGUCGUCAAGGCCGAGGGUCCCGAAGGCGAGGUGCUGCGCGCCUUCCAGAGCGAGGAAGAGGAGGGCGUGUACUCGAUCCGAUUGGACACGUCGGCUGGCCUGGGAACGUACUCCGUGCAGUGUCUGUGGUCCGGUAGUCACAUUCCCGGCUCUCCGUUCCAGCUGACCGUCGGCGAAAAGCUGACGGCGCAGAUGGUGUCGGCUCACGGCGAUGGGCUCCGCGAGGUGUACGCCAUGAAGGAGGCGACGUUCUCCGUCUCGGCAAAGAAGCCUGAUCUGUUCGACACGGGCGCGUUGAAGAUGACCGUGGUCGGCGAUAAAGGACACGUGGGCCUGGCCGUCGCGGACAAUCAGGACGGAACAUACGCGGUGACGUACAUGGCACCGACGGAUGGCCAGUACUCGGUCAGCAUAUUCCUGAAUGGCGAGGACGUCCCCGGGUCGCCAUUCAGCGUUAUCGCCUACCUACCUCCUAAAGCCGACAGGUGCAUGGCACGUGGCCAUUGCUUGGAGCCGGACGGGAAGAUGAUGGUCGGCAAGUCGGCCGAGUUCACGGUGAACACGACCGACGCCGGACACGGCAAGAUGUCGCUUAAAGCCACCGACCCUGGCGGCAAGAGCAUUCGUACGUUCCUGUCGGACGACGGCGAGGGCAUCUAUACCGUUCGAAUAGAUCCGAAGGAGAGCGGCGCGUAUAGAGUGGAGGUACGCUGGUCUGGAGAGCACAUUCCCGGCUCGCCGUUCUCACUGACGGCAACGGAUGGUCUUUCGCCGGGCACCAUCACAGCGUCGGGGACGGGUUUGUCUCGCGCCUUCUCACUCAUGCCCACCGCGUUCACCCUGGACGCACCCGAGGCAGGCCUGCUGGAACGCAACGAUCUGACGGUGACCAUCGACAGUGCCCUGCACGGCAAGCCGGCGGAGGUGGAGGUGCGCGACCUCGGCGACGGCACCUACUCCGUCAACUACAUGGCGCCGGGCAACGGGGCGUUCCUGGCGUCCAUCAAGUACCGCGGCGUGCACAUCCCCGCCUCGCCCUUCAAGAUCACCGUGUUCCCGCGGCCCAGCCCGGAGAAGUGCCGCGCGUUUGGCAAGUGCCUGGAGCCCAAGGUGCGCAACAUCUGCGGCAAGCCGAUAGACUUCAAGGUGGCAACUAGCGAGGCUGGCUACGGGCGGCUGGUUGUAAGAGCGCAGGAUCCGCACGGCUCGCCGACGCCGGCGUUCGUUGCGGAGGAGGGAAAGAACCUCUACAUCGUGCGGCUGGACGUCAAGGAGGCCGGCAAGUACAUGAUCAAUGUGAAGUGGGGAAACACGCCGAUACCCGGCUCGCCGUUCAAGCUGCGCGUUCACGUCGCCACCGACGCCAGCAAGGUGAAGGCCGACGGGCCGGGUCUGCGGUCGACGGGUGUGCCGGUCGGACGCGAGACGUCGUUCGUGCUCCGUACGCACGACGCCGGAAUGGGUUCUCUGGUCGUACGCAUGCACGGCAUAAAGGACAACUUCAAGAUCAAGCUGGAAAAGGACCGCGACGAUUCGCGUCUCCUGCACGCCAAGUACACGCCGAAAGAAGUCGGAGACUACGAGAUCACGAUACUGUGGAGCGAAGUGCACAUCCCCAACAGCCCAUUCAAGGUACCCAUUGUCGACCCACAUGGCCGGCCAAAGGAGCGUGCCCGUGCCCAACAACCGGGUCCUGCCAAGAAGAAACUGGUCAAGGUGACGAAGACACAGCCGGGAAUGACGUACGUGGACGACAGCGGACGCAUGGUGCACACCGACGACCCGGCCAUGAUUGCAAGACUUGAAAUGGAACAGCAGCAUGCCGCCGCAAUGGUACAGACGCGACAGGCGCCCGCGACGAAGAGAACUGUGGAAGAGAGACGUGUAGUGCGCCGGUCGCGCAACCUCAACGAGAGUCACGACAUGGAAGCUGAGCAACGGGUGGAGAGGCGCCGAUCUCGAGACAUGGACAUGGAUGGAGAUGUGGUGAUCGGUGGAGGGCUACCACCGGCCAGACAUCGUCGUGAUCGCCAGGCUCAAGCACAGGCAGGCUCUAGUAGUGCUGCCGCCGCAGCCAGCAGGACUGCCAGGUCUCCACAGCGUGCGAUUGCAGCAGCUGCGGCCGCACCGGAGUCACGGCGUGCACAGAUGCCAGGCGGCAAAAUGGCACAGCCGGAAUACCACCGAUCGCAGCUAGUUCAAAAGCCGUCGCAGCGCAGGGCAUCGUUUACAGAGGACGAUAUCAGUCCAGAGUUUGACCACGUCUUUGCAGCAGGUGCACCAGUGGCGGCUCACAAGGCUUUCAAGAAGUCGGCGUCGGCUUCGAGUGUCGAGCAGUCAUCAUCCGGCUGGAAAUCCGGCGGGAAAAAGAAGAUGGCCAGAAAGCAAUCAGAGUCUGCUGCGUUCGCCGUCCAACGUCAAGGCAGCAUAUCAACGAAAGCGAGAGGGACGGGCUUCAUGCUCGACCCAACCAGUGGGUCCAAGCAGAUCUUCACUGGCGAGCUCCGCGGUAACAGACAGUUCCGACUACCAUCGUAGGAAGGGAGGGCUACAGUGAGUGAUGGAGUGAGCGAGCGAGUGCGUGUUUUGACCUGGAACCUAAACUUGUCAAUGGUCCAUGGCUGUGUAAGCCGUGUAAACGGGCGAGCAAGCAACCGUCUCAGCAGCCAGCAACCGUCUCAGUUGCACACACCGCCCCAGAUAGCAAACCAUCUGUGCCCAGUUAUCACCGAGGGUGGCAUUGUGCCAGUGUAAUAUUGCCCUAGGCUACGCAGGCUGCAAUGUUCUAAGCUCUGUAAGGUAGCGGUAUACACAGCCGACGCGGAUUGAUCAAGGCCACUGGCCAGUUUAGCAAAGUGAACUAGAACUUACCGCUCCUGUUCUUAGUGCGCCGUAUCGAAGUGUUCAUCCCUCCCUACCAUUACACCACCGUGUGUGCGUGUGUGUGUGUGUGUGCGUGUACGACUGUCGUGGGCAUGUCAAACCCUGCAUGCUACUUCACAACACCCACUAGGGCUGCAAACACUGACGAAAAUGCCGCGAUCCUUCUCACCCCGGAACAGACUGGAAUUAGUGUACGUGUGUGUAAAAGCUUGUUAGCGACUAGUCAAGAUAGGACGCGUGACAUUUGCAUUACUAUUUCAUUUCUUGCAAUCAUGAGACAAUAUCCAGGACAACCGCUAGGUGCUCGUGAUCCCGUGCUAACCCAUGACAGACAGUUUUGAGUGCAGAAGAGUAUUUGCGUAUACAAUUUUGCACCAGAUUGUGCAGCUUCAUGCCAAUAUCAUAAUUAUUGUUUCUGUGCUGACUCAGUUUGAGUUAGAAUCUUAGUCGAUAAUGUCGAAAGUGAACUGAUGCUUUUUAUUUUAUUCUAUUUUUUCGUGUACACAGUCGGAUUAGCAGUCAGAUUUGUGGGAAAAAACUGGUUUGUGAAAUUUCUGAGUCCUGAUGAUGGAAUUUUUUAAUUUUUUUUAAAAAUAUGUUAAAAAUACAAUAGAUCAUGAAAAUUAAUACUCCUGCAUGAGCUGAUGCUUGCUACCCUAGACUGUCAACAUCAUGCUUUAAAAACUAUUCAAUAUACCAAUAGAGUUCAGAACUAA